AUGAGUAAUAGCAGCACCGGAACGAGCAUGGAGACAGAAACUGCUUCUACUACUGUUAAAACAGAAAUGACCGAGAGUACUCCAACAACUGGAAGCACGAGCAGCAGCACAGAGAACAGUAGCGAGCCAAGUACUGCCCCCACCACUACGAGCUCUGGUACUACAAUCCCGAAGGCGAUGGAUGAAGGGUUCAGGAAUAGAACAAUAAUAGCACACAAUUAUCGCAGAUCACGGCUUGCACAAGGUUUGGUCAAGGACAAAAGUGGAAAUGAUAUGCCAUCAGCAAGCAACAUGCUCAUGAUGGUACGGUGGUUUGGAUUUUAUGGUUCCUAG